AAGGAUUACACAUCCAAACACAUAUUCUCCCUUUCUUUUUCAGAGCCUCUUCUUUUUCUUCUUCCCUCUCUUCGCAGAACCUUCUCUCUCUCUCUCUGAAAGUCUCCAUCUUUCUCUUUUCUUCUCUCCCUCCAUGAAUUGUUUACAACGAAUCAAACAACCCAGCCGGUUGUUCUUGGUCCUCCUGCUCUAGUACGAUAAGAAGAAGAAGAAGACGAAGAAGGGCGACAACAAACCCAUUAGAUUCUGUUCUUUACGAGUAGUUGCUCUUCCUAUUUGUAUCGAGAUUCUGUUCUAUUCAAUUUAACUCAAAGAAGAAAUCGCUGAAAAGGAAAUUGGCGUGCCAGACGACUACGGCAUAACCAUGAAACCGGUUCAACCCCCACUGGCAGCGGGCAGCAAUAGAGGGCUACGGGCACGUAGGCGGCAGGACCUAACCCUACCUCUCCCACAGCGAGACGCAUCUCUAGCCGUCCCUCUCCCUCUUCCCCCAUCCUCCGCCCCAAACUCUUCCUCCUCCUCCGCUUCCUCGUCCUGUAAUCCAAACGGCCGCAACGUGAUCAACUUCUCCGAGCUCGAGCGAGCCAACCGUAUCGGGAGCGGCAGCGGAGGCACCGUAUACAAGGUGAUCCACCGCCCCACGGGACGCCUCUAUGCCCUCAAGGUCAUCUACGGCACCCACGAUGACUCAGUGCGCCGCCAGAUCUGCCGCGAGAUCGAGAUCCUCCGUGACGUCGACAACCCCAACGUCGUCAAGUGCCAUGACAUGUUCGACCACAACGGCGAGAUCCAGGUCCUCCUCGAAUUCAUGGACGGCGGCUCCCUCGAGGGGAAACACAUCCCUCGCGAGCCCGACCUCGCGGAUCAUGCCCGCCAGAUCCUCUCCGGGCUCGCCUACUUACACCGCCGCCACAUCGUCCAUCGCGACAUCAAGCCCUCCAAUCUCCUCAUCAACGCCCGAAACCAGGUCAAGAUCGCUGAUUUCGGAGUCGGCAGGAUUCUUGAGCAGACCAUGGACCCCUGCAACUCCUCGGUGGGCACCAUUGCGUACAUGAGCCCCGAGAGGAUUAACACGGAUCUAAACCACGGUAGAUACGAUGGCUACGCCGGUGAUAUAUGGAGCUUGGGGGUGAGCAUCCUGGAAUUCUAUGUGGGUAGAUUCCCCUUCGCGGUGGAGAGGCAGGGCGAUUGGGCCAGCUUGAUGGUCGCCAUUUGUAUGUCCCAACCGCCAGAGGCCCCGCCCACCGCUUCCAGAGAGUUUCGGCACUUCAUUGCCUGUUGUUUGCAGAGGGAGCCGAGUCGCCGCUGGAGCGCCUCGCAGUUGUUGAAGCAUCCUUUCAUUGUGAACAACAAUCACACCCAGAGCCAGGUUCAUCGGAAUCUCCAUCAACUUUUACCUCCUCCACGCCCGCUUUCUUCCUAGUCUUUUUCUUUCAUAUGUUUUUCUUUUCUUUUCUUUUCCCCUUCAAGAAUGAUGAUGAUUUCGUGUAAUUUUGAUAAGAUGGGUAAGUUUGAUUUUUAGGGGCAGAAACUGGGGGGAGAACUGGAUAUGUUUCUAGUUUCAGUCAAGCAAUCUCAAUCUUGAUCAUGAUCAUUUGUCUUUGAUAACGUUUGGUUGAAAAGAAAAAUCUUCAUCUCUAA